AUGCGAGAGGAAGGAGGGGAAAGGGCGGGAGGAAGGAAGGGAAAGGGCGAGAGGAAGAAGGGGAAAGGGCGGAGGGGAAAGGGCGAGAGGAAGGAGGUGAAAGGGCGAGAGGCAGGAGGUGAAAGGGCGAGAGGAAGGAGGGGAAAGGGCGAGAGGAAGGAGGGGAAAAGGGCGAGAGGAAAGAGGGGAAAGGGCGAGAGGCAGGAGGUGAAAGGGCGAGAGGAAGAAGAGGAAAGGGCGAGAGGAAGAAAGGGAAAUGGCGAGAGGAAGAAGGGGAAAGGGCAAGAGGCAGGGGGUGAAAGGGCGAGAGGAAGGAGGGGAAAAGGCGAGAGGAAGGAGGGGAAAAGUUAA